AUGGCCAGGAAACGCAAGGCUGGAGAAAUCGAGGCUUCACAGGCACCCGUAGCCUCGACGUCUUUAUUGCCUCAGAAACGACAUUACAGACAACGGGCCCAUGCAAAUCCAUUUUCGGACCAUUACUUAGUAUAUCCUGCGUCCCCGGAGGAAAUGGACUGGUCUCCUCAUUACCCGAACCGUCCAAAUCACCGUGUGGAAUUCGCAGAUAUAGGAUGUGGAUUUGGAGGAUUGCUCAUAGCGCUCGCCCCAAUGUAUCCGGAGACUCUUAUGCUUGGUUCGUCUCCAUAUUCCAUAUUUGCUCUCACUCUCAUUGGUGACUCCCACUAUGUAACAGACCGUAUUGCAGCACUACGCCAACAAUCUAUCGAGGCUCAAGUCCGAUUCGAUGCCCAGGAGAACAAGUCCGAGGCCAAUAAACCUGCUGAAUUGGCCGAUGGGGGGUAUCAGAACGUUAGCGUCGUCCGAGCGAAUGCCAUGAAAUUCUUGCCAAACUUUUUCGUCAAGGAUCAGCUCAGUAAAAUUUUCUUCCUAUUCCCAGACCCGCACUUCAAAGCACGAAAACACAAAGCAAGGAUCAUUUCGCCGACGCUUCUUGCAGAAUAUGCAUACGUUCUUCGCCCAGGUGGAAUUGUAUACACCGUGACAGAUGUGGAAGAAUUACAUCUCUGGAUGGUCGCUCAUCUUGAGACUUUCCCCGCGUUUGAGAGAAUUCCGGACGAGGAGGCUACAAAGGACCCGGUUACUCCGCACAUAUUAAAUGCGACUGAGGAAGGCAAGAAAGUCGAGCGCAACAAUGGUCGGAAAUGGAUAGCUCUAUUCCGACGGAAAAACCGACCAAUAAGGGAGGAUAGUUAG